AAAUGUCACAAUGUAGGUUCUUCAUCCUCCCGUUACCCAUAUGCCGCGCAAAAUUAACUAACAUUGCAAUCUGCAAGGCAACGAUGAACCCAACAAAUCAGGAUCUAUAUAUACCACCUUCGGGUCUUCGUCUCCGUCAGUAAUCCCCCCAAUCAAUCAACCAAUUAUUGUCAGGGAGGGGAUUCACAUCAAUACAAUGGCCGUGACGGAGGUGGAGGGCCCGCCGCCGCCGCCGCCGCCGCCGCCGCCGCCGGAGGUUCCGGCGAGGCGCGGCCUCCUCCGUUACAACUCGCCGCUGGCGCAGGUGUCCCUGCUGGGCCUCAUCUGCUUCUGCUGCCCGGGCAUGUUCAACGCGCUCUCCGGCCUGGGCGGCGGCGGCCAGGUCGACAACACCACCGCCGACAACGCCAACACGGCCCUCUACGCCUGCUUCGCCGUCUUCGGCGUCCUCGGCGGCGCCGCCCACAACCUCCUCGGCCCGCGCGUGACGCUCCUGCUCGGCGCCAUCACCUACCCGCUCUACGCCGGCUCCUUCCUCUACUACAACCACCACGCCUCCCAGGCCUUCCCCGUCGCCGCCGGCGCCAUCCUCGGCGCCGGCGCGGGCUUCCUCUGGGCGGCGCAGGGCGCCAUCAUGACCUCCUACCCUCCCCCCAACCGCCGGGGCACCUACAUCUCCCUCUUCUGGUGCCUCUUCAACCUCGGCGGCGUCCUCGGCGGCCUCCUCCCAUUCUCCUUCAACUACAACCACGGCGACAAGCCCGGCAGCGUCAACAACGGCACCUACAUCGCGUUCAUGGCGUUCAUGCUCACCGGCGCCGCGCUCACCGCCCUCGUCCUGCCCCCCGCCAGGAUCGUCCGCGACGACGGCACCAGGGCCACCAGGGUCACCUUCUCCUCGCCGGCCACCGAGGGCGCCGAGAUCCUCAAGCUCUUCGCCAACUGGAAGAUGCUGCUCGUGCUCCCCGCCGCGUGGGCAAGCAACUUCUUCUACACCUACCAGUUCAACAACGUCAACGGCAAGCUCUUCACGCUCCGCACCAAGGGACUCAACAACGUCUUCUACUGGGGCGCGCAGAUGCUCGGCUCCGCCGGCAUCGGAUACUUCCUCGACUUCGGAUUCGCCAGCCGGAGGAAGAGGGGGCUCGUCGGGGUCGUCGCCGUCACCGUGCUCGGGACGGCCAUCUGGGGAGGCGGCCUGGCCAACCAGCUCAAGUUCGAUCAUGGCAACCUGGCCGUCCCCAUCGAUUUCAAGGACGGACACCGCUAUGCCGGGCCGUUCCUGCUAUACUUCAGCUACGGCCUGCUGGAUGCCAUGUUCCAGAGCCUCAUCUACUGGAUCAUCGGCGCCCUCGCCAAUGACUCCCAAAUCCUCAGCAGGUACGUUGGGUUCUACAAGGGGGUGCAGAGUGCGGGAGCAGCUGUGGCAUGGCAAGUCGACAGGCGCAAGACGUCCCUGAUAUCCCAGCUGAUUGUGAACUGGGGGCUCAUGACCAUCAGCUACCCCUUGCUUGCCCUACUGGUGUUCCUUGCUGUGAAGGACGAGGACAAUUCGGUUUCCUCGGUGGAGGACGGCAAGGAGAAAGACAGCAAGCUGUCCGCACCGACCAGCUUCCACUAAAGAUCAAGAAUGUCGCGGGCUUUUCAGUGUUGUAGAAAUCAAGGAAGUACAAAGAAAAGAGAGAAAUUUAGGGUGUGGUGUUUAUGUAUGUGGAUUACCUGAUCGGGAUGGUAGUGUCAAUGGGCAAUUACUGUUUCCUUGUUGAGAUUAGUUGAGCUUGAGUAUUUAUUCCUUGUUUGCCUUGUAGCAGAUGUGAUUUUUGAGCAAUUUGUGGUUCAUCUAAUUUCAAAUA